AAUCCCUUCUCCGUCUCUCAAAAACACAGCAUUAAUAGGGGUCCACCUCCAUCUCAAACGGCCCUAAGCUUUAUAUCUUCUCUUCAUUAGCCCCCAACUCAUACAUACCUCAAGAAUCCCCGGUACAACUUUCAUCAAAACCCAAAUCAUAUUUUCUUUCAACUUUAAACUUGGAUUCAUUGGUUGAUUCAAAUGGAAAACUUGAUGGGAUUGCUCAGAAUUCACAUCCACAGAGGCAUAAAUCUUGCCAUCAGAGAUGUCACAAGCAGUGAUCCUUAUGUUGUUGUCCGCAUGGGCAAACAGAAAUUAAAGACUCGAGUAGUGAACAAAAAUGUUAAUCCUGAGUGGAAUGAAGAUUUGACUCUUUCCAUCGCAGACCCAAAUCUCCCAAUCAAUCUUUCUGUCUUUGACAAGGAUAUAUUCACUCUCGAUGACAAAAUGGGAGACGCAGAGUUUGAUAUUAAACCGUUCAUAGAAGCUCUAAAAAUGCGGUUGGAAGGCCUCCCUACCGGAACCAUAAUCACGAGAAUCAAACCAACCCGAGAAAAUUGCCUAGCCGAAGAGAGCUGCAUUGUCUGGAUCAAUGGCCAAGUUGUUCAAAACAUGUUUCUUAGACUCCGAAAUGUGGAGCGCGGUGAGGUGGAACUGCAACUGCAGUGGAUUAACAUUCCCGGUUCCAGGGGCCUGUAGGAUUAUAAAAAAUAAAUAAAUGUUAUACUCUUAUAUGAUUGUGUGCUUUUGUAAAUGUAAAGGAAUUUAAAUGUGAAAUUUAUGUAAGACUGAUGAUUGAAGCUAGUGUUUUGACUCUUGUUUUCAUUCUUAA